UUAGACUGCACUCAGUGGUCACAGCGGGUAUUACACCUGCAGCUCCUGCGCUCCACAGACACGGACACUAAUUGCGCAAGCGCAAUGAGAUGAAUGGCCGCUGCACCUGACGGCCCACCAGGAAGUGUGGCGGACAAAUCCUCGGCUGUUAAUCCCCGCUCGGUACGGUAACCGGAGAGGCACCGACAGUAGCAUGCUCAGCGGGUCGGAGCGCUCAGUCUGACCGUCGGCACCGUCUCCGCUCCGGGCUCGGCCUCCGGGAUCGCGCCGCUGCGCAGUGAGUGCAUGCAGGCAGAGCGCGGGGCAGUCCGUCUCCUCCCCCCGCCUGUCGGGCUCCAGAACCCCGCUGUCGGGCUCCAGAACCCCGCUGCUGCUGAGCUGAAGCUCCGUGAGGCUCCGUGAAGCUCCGUGAAGCUCCGGUUAACGUCCACCCUGACUGCAAUGGGAUGCUGCGGUAGCGCGGAGAGGACAAAGAGAGAAUGGAGACCGCUGGAGGACCGGAGCUGCACAGACCUGCCCUGGUUCCUGCUCUUCACCGUCUUCUGCGUCGGCAUGGGCAGCAUCUGCGGCUUCACCAUCGUCACCGGCGGCGCCGCUCGCCUCGUCUUUGGAUAUGACAGCUACGGCAACACCUGCGGUCAACGCAACGAGCAGAUCGAAGGCGUCCGGCUCAGCGGCCUCGACCACACCGACAGGAA